AUGGCUCGAACUUUCUACGAUCAUCAGGAAGACUUGCAGUUCUAUAGGCAAUCUUCCCGGGGGAUGAGCUAUCCAGUUUCUCAGCCAAUACGUGGGGAUGCUCAACAGGAGCUGUCGAGUGGAUACGGUGGUCGAAUUGGCUCGACCCCGGAACCGGACGCGAAAAGCAGUGGUCCACUCACUCGACGACGUAUACAGGUUGCGUGCGGUCGAUGUCGAAGACGGAAAAUCAAAUGCAGUGGGGAUAGCGGUAAUGGUCAAUGCACCAAUUGUCGAAAUGCAGGGACGUCCAAUUGCCUGUUUUUGCGAGUCAAUUCAUUCGCAACUCAAGCCAAAGGAGGAUACAGUAACUCCUGGCCGUAUCCACCUGCGAGCCCCUUGGGUCCACCCUACGCCAGCACGGCUGGCUAUGAAUCGCAGGCAACUUCAAGAUUUAAUUCAACGUUAAUCCACUCGAUGACACCAGCUUUUCCACUAUAUUCGAAAUCCCAAUGUGCCUAUGAACAUGCAGCUCAAUUUUCCACACUUUCAAGAAACCCGUACAUGUCCGUAUGCCAGAUCAACUACGAUGGUGAUUCCGCCUCUUCAUACAACAUGUCAUCCCCGCCAUAUAUGCUCCCCAGCACUGAUUCGUCGGGGAGCCCCAACUACUGUUCUUACCCACUGAGCCCACGGGGUUCCCAAAUGAGCAAAAUCUCGAAAGGCAAGCUUUCUCCUGACCAAGACGGCCAUUCAACCCUUGUAUCCAAUUACAACUGCAUGACACAAACACACUCUCCAGUAUCCAUAUCGUCGGACCUGCCUCCAACGUUACCCCUUCUCAGCUCAAUGUCCUCAUCAUCAGGGUCUGAUCGGACAUUGCCAAAUCCCAUAGUAAAUAAAAACGGUCGCGAAAGUGGGAUUACGAUACAGACUUCCAGCACAUCUUCAACAGAAUCUUCACUUCCUCCUUCUUAUGGGACUGGCCAAGUACUUAGUGCCAGAUCCGCAAACCAAUUUUCCAUGGAUGGCUUGCCUUCCAACAACCAGCAGAGCUCAAUGAGGACAACGGCUACCUCCACCAUGUCCGACGGUGCGAGUUCAUCUAGUGCUGUCAAGUCCCAUACAGGUGCUACCGAUAUGACAUUCGGGUAUGUAAUAUCCAACAACUCACCAUCAACUACCAUGCCUUCAACACCGUUUCCAACAACGGAAUCGGUUGAGGGAUUUCAUCUUCCCGCAGAGCAUGCACUGGAUGGAGCAUCCCACCGCUACAAUGAACUGCAUCAACAAGCGCAGGCCUAUGGUCAUAGCACGGAACUACCCAAGCAGUGCACCAGUAGUGGCUCGUCGAGUAAUUUGACAAACGGGAGGAGCUACACUCGUCUUCCCCCUUACCAGUCAACAGUGUCUAGAUGUUGUGAACCGUCAGUGAAGCCGAUAUCCAGUCUCGCAGUUAGCAAAGUUGAUGGCUUUUAG